AUGGGAAAUGAGGCCAGUUACCCAGCACAGAUGUGCUCUCAUUUUGACCACGAUGAAGUUAGAAGUCUGUGCAAGAAGUUUAAGAAGCUGGACUUGGACCAUUCGGGCACAGUAAGCUUGCAGGAGUUCAUGGCUGUACCUCAGCUGCAGCAGAACCCAUUGGUGAGGCGAGUCGUCGACAUCUUCGACAUCGACGGCAAUGGAGAAGUGGACUUAAAGGAAUUCAUCUGGGGCACCUCCCAGUUCAGUGUCAAGGGAGAUGAGCAGCAGAAAUUGAGGUUUGCUUUCAACAUCUACGACAUGGAUAAAGAUGGCUUCAUCUCCAACGGGGAGCUCUUCCAGGUGCUGAAGAUGAUGGUGGGGACCAACCUGACCGAUUGGAAGCUCCAGCAGCUCGUGGACAAAACCAUCAUCAUCCUGGAUAGAGAUGGUGAUGGGAAAAUAUCCUUCGAGGAAUUCAGUGCCGUUGUCAAACACCUGGAGAUCCACAAGAAGAUGGCCUUAAUUAUGUGA